GAUGGAAUAAAGUAGGCUACGGCACUAGAGGUAAAAAAUAAAAAAAAGUCGAAUAAAUACCUAAUAAAGUGCUCACUGAGUGUAUAUUUGCACUUUUAAUAUGUACUAGUUAUUUUGUGUUCUCGCCCAAAUCUCUAUCCUCAUGCUUUUAAUUUACUAGAUUUGUAAAGCUCCACCUCCUCAGUCAGCACACUGACACGUAAUUUCGAGGUGUGUACGGGUGAUGGAAAGUCCUCUGCAGACAUCGAACGUCACCAGUGAUUCGUCAGUUCAGUCACCUCACAGUGGAAUUCUACCCAAAUCUUUCUUCAAAUUCUGUACAUGGAUGGUAAUCAGGUUACACCGUACUCAUGUUUCGAAGCUACAGCCUAUAUGCUCACUUCCCAAACAACAAGCGAAUAAAAAGUCCGCAACAUUGCCAUUAAGUUCUAUAUAAUAUUAAUAGUAUAUUAAUAUGUCGUAGCCUAUUUGUAUUUCAAAUAGGAAGUUUUUCAAUGUAUUCUGUUCGUGGAAUCUUUGCGUAUUUGCAUCUGCCUUCUGAUUGGGUGGCUGGGUGGCGUUUACUGCAUGUGAUGUCAUGCGCUGAAACGAGAUGUGGGGCAGUCUGUGCCGUAGAAAGCAUUUUAACAGGCUUUAAAUACCAGAUUCAGUCAAGCUAGGUUGCGUACAAUGUACAACCCCAAUGGUAAAACACUGGCUAUUUUAUCAGCUAAUAUCGCGCAAUGUUUUGGUUUCGGAAUUGAAUGAAAAACGUGCAACACCCUGUCUCAGUAUAUGGACUGCAACAAGACUGUGAAGAGACACAGACCAUGAAUUACGUGGGGCAGCUGGCAGGACAGGUGUUUGUGCAGGUGAAGGAACUGUACAGGGGCCUGAACCCCGCCACCUUGUCGGGGUGCAUCGACAUCAUUGUGGUGCGGCAGCCAGAUGGGACCCUCCAGUGCUCCCCCUUCCAUGUGCGCUUUGGGAAGAUGGGUGUGCUGAGGUCACGCGAAAAAGUGGUGGACAUAGAGAUCAACGGGGAGCCUGUCAGUUUACAUAUGAAGCUGGGGGAGAACGGAGAGGCCUUCUUCGUGAGGGAGACAGAGAAUGAUCAGGAAGUCGUACCUUCAUAUCUGGCCACCUCUCCCAUCAUGUCAGAGGGUGCAGUCCUGAUGGGGUCCCAGCUGGGAAAGGGUCUGGCCCGCCACGCUGACCCUGUGACAGCGUCCUCCAUUCAGACCCUGGGGUGCCUGCAGUCCCUGGGAGACAAUGGGGCAGUGAAGAAAAGGAGGAAACGCCGGAGGAAGUUCAAGGUGGACAGUGUAAGACGGGAGGAGAACGGAGAUUACUCAGAAGAUGAGGACAUGUUCCCUAUCGACCUGAGCUCUGAUGAGGACAAGGAGCCCGAUGGCACCAGGGGUUCUUCAUGGGAUAUGCACAGAGAGGAAGGAACUACAGGGAACUUGCCCAGCAGUGCUUUCAAACAAAGCACAUUGUAUGCCUGCUCCGAUGGAGACUGGACACCACUGCAAAGCAAGAGGGCUGAGCACACAGCCCAGGCCUGCACUCUGUCCCUCCUGGCCAGUGGGGGCCUGUCAGUCUCUUGUCCACUGCAAACUGCCCUCUUCCAACCCCUGCAAAGCCCUGGAGAAUCCCGUCCAUCCACUCCCAAAAGUGAUUCUGAGCUGGUGACUAAACCCUUGGAAAAAGGAAAACGGGACAACCCCCAGAUGCUCUGGGCAUGGGGCGAGCUUCCACAGGCUGCCAAGCCAUCAUUCUUGACCCCAAAGCCAGAGUCCCCUAUGGUGGACCCAGCAUCAAUCCCAGUGUCAGACAGCACACACUUCCGAGUGAUUUCGGGGGAAUGUGCCCCUGGGCAGCAGGAGGAGUGUCCCCCUCCUGUAACCUUGUACAUUCCCGAUCCGAGGGACGAGGAGGGUGAGGGUGGGGCUGCACCGAGGGUGGAGAUGGAGGGGAUGGGGACGGUGGUGGUUCAUUUGAUGCCAGAACUGGAUGAAGUGGGACAUGGUCCUGAGCCCCCACCACUGAGCAAGACAGAUUCACCCUCCAAGAAGAAAGAUAAGAGGAGCCGCCAUCUCGGAGCAGACGGUGUUUACCUGGAUGACAUAACAGAGCUGGAACCUGAAGUGGCGGCACUAUACUUUCCCAAAAGCGAAGGGGGCGGGGUGGUCAGGGUCAGCUCAGAGGGUGGGGCACGGAGCACCAGCCUUUCCCCCCAGUCAGCCAGCAGCUCCGGUGUGGACAGCGGCGUCGACAGCUACUCAGACCAGAUAGGAGACCUGCCCUCUAUCGCCAUCUCUCUGUGUGGAGGACUUACUGACAACAGGGAGAUCACAAAAGAGCAAUUUCAAGAAAAAGAAAUAUCCUAUCUGCAAUUUGCUGAAAAUCCAUCCCUGAUUGAUGAUCCAAACCUAGUGGUGAAGAUAGGAACCAAGUACUACAACUGGACUACAGCUGCUCCCCUGAUGUUAGCCAUGCAGGCGUUCCAGAAACCCCUGCCAAAGGCAACAGUGGAGAACAUCAUGAAGGAAAAGAUGCCGAAGAAAGGAGGCCGUUGGUGGUUCUCGUGGCGUGGAAGGAACAACAGCGUGAAGUUGGAGUCUCCCUCAGAGCAGGGAAUCAGUGGAGGUACGGAGCAGUCAGCGAAGAUGCCAUCUGUAAGCAGGCGAAAUGACGAAUCGUCCUCCAGUGACGAGGACCACAGAAGUGUCAAGCCGAGUCCCAGCUCAGCCCAGUCUGCCCCUCUGCUCACCCCUGGGGGCGUUUCCUAUAAGAAGACACUCCGCCUCACUUCCGAGCAGCUGAUUAGCCUGCAGCUGAAGGACGGCGCUAACGACGUGGUGUUCAGUGUCACCACCCAGUACCAGGGCACAUGUCGUUGUGAGGGCACUAUCUACCUGUGGAGCUGGGAUGACAAAAUUGUCAUCUCCGACAUUGACGGCACCAUCACCAGGUCUGACACUCUGGGCCAUAUUUUGCCGACGCUGGGUAAAGACUGGACGCACCAGGGUAUUGCUCGCCUCUUCCACAAAGUUAGCCAAAAUGGUUAUAAGUUCCUGUACUGCUCAGCCCGGGCCAUCGGUAUGGCGGACAUGACCCGUGGGUACCUGCACUGGGUCAAUGAGAGGGGCACCAUGCUGCCACAGGGUCCUGUUUUGCUCAGUCCCAGCAGCCUCUUCUCUGCCCUGCAUCGUGAAGUCAUCGAAAAGAAACCAGAGAAAUUCAAAGUGGAAUGCUUGACAGACAUCAAAAACAUUUUCUACCCAAACACUCAACCUUUUUAUGCUGCCUUUGGCAACCGACCAACAGAUGUGUAUUCCUAUAAGGAAGUUGGAGUCCCAUUAAACAGAAUCUUUACAGUCAACCCAAAAGGAGAACUGGUUCAGGAACAUGCCAAGACCAACAUAUCAUCCUAUGUUCGUCUUGGGGAAGUGGUGGACCAUGUCUUCCCUCUGUUGAUGCGGGGCGACUCAUCUGACUUCCCCUGCAGUGACACCUUCAGCCAGUUCACUUAUUGGCGGGAGCAGCUGCCUGAGGUGGAGCAACAGCAAGAGUCCGAGGCACACAGGCCCAUGGAGACCAACACAGAGAGGCAGCUUCAGUAAAACGUAUACCACUUCAUGCCAUGGGUGCACAACGAUGGGUGGUUUCUGGACGUUAUGCCAACUUCUGCUCUUGAUGAAUUCAUUAGUUCAAUAUUUCAUCUGGAAUUUUAAUGAAACAAUGAAUUAAAGUGCUGCAUGUGUAUCCUUGCUGAAAAUGUAUCCAGAUCCAGGAGUGGAUAAGCAUUAGUAUAUGGCUAUUGAGCAAAUUAAGACAGAAUAAUAUAUUGAAAACCAGGAUAGCAGACCUCCUGGAAUGGUGUUGUGCAUACCUGCUCGAUGCACAAGCAAAGGAGCACUCUUUUCCCUUAAUAUAUGCUAAGGAUUAUAUUACAUAUGUCUGUCGGUGUAUGUCUUACUCCUGGAACAAAAGCUACAUUGGUCCACUUUUUUGCUUUGGCUUUUGUAAGUUUAAUUUCAAUGGAGUGAUCACAUUGAGCAGCUGUUGGUAACUGCUGGAAAUGUCUUUUAAUAUAAUGAUUUUGUGCCAAAUCCUCUGUCUUGAAGGAGAAUGAGACAAUGUUGCACUUGUACAAUUGUAAUCUUGCACUCCUCAUGAUUCACGUUAAAGGUACUUUGGCAAAGAUGGGCUAAGAGAACCAGAGUGCUGGUUUCAGGCUGAGUAGGUCACUGCCCGGUAAUCAUACAAAAGCAACAUUGACUCUCCACAUGAAUUGAAAUUGAAAUAUUGCCAUGAAUCCAUUGACAUAUGCAGAUAAGUGUAGUUUGAUAAUUACUGGUUUUCAUAUACUGUAUGUGUAAAUCAGGUCAUAUUUGUGGAAGGCAGGGAUUGACUCAUCAUCCUUCUUCCAGUUGUAGGGUUUUAUUCUGUGUUCACUGUAAUUAAGAGACCACAAGGCAUCCAAGAUAUAAAAGGAGUUUGAUAAUCUAUCCACUGAUUAUGGCCUCAAAAAUAUGACUGCCAGUGAUAUGGAUCUUUCCAUUCUCGGACCAGGGUGGUCAACCUUUGCCCUGGAGAGCCACAUGAUGUGUUGGUGUCUUUCAUCCCUGAAUGUAUUUUAUAUAGCAGUUGAUUGCACAAUGAACCUGGUUUCUUGGGUCUGAAUUAUUUGAUUUUUAGGUGAUUACCAUUCCACUCUGUGGACUGGGCAAAUCAUCCUGUCAAUCAAUUACCUGACUGCUGCUGAAUUAUCUUUUAAGUAUGGAGUGAUGCAAACCCAUGGGCAGGCUUGCUAACCCACAAUGUUUGAGGCAGAGUGUAUCUGUCCUAUGGGUGCAGUAAUCACAAAUUCAGCAAUAAUCAAUAGUCUUUUUGGUAUGGAUAGCUGAAUUAAAAAAAUAAUUGUCAUUUUUUUAACAUAAAUUAAUGUGUUCAGUUGUGUAUCUUCCCAUGAUUAAACAAUUGUUAGAUGUUAUUUAUGGUGUUGAUGGAUUGUGCAUUCUUAUUGAGGAAACAUUAAUGCUAAACAAAAUGUGCUAAAAUUGUAUAUAGGUUAUACAUAUAUGAAUAUCAACAUAUCUGCUUUAUGUCCAGGAUCAACAGAAAAUAUUCUGUUUCUGAAGUUUACCCAUUCUAGAAAACAAGAACUUGAACAAAGGGAAUGGAAUGUUGAGACGCUUAUUUGUGGUUUGUCUAUAAAAUGAGCUGGUUAAUUUAUUUUCAACCAGCUGCCAUUUCGCACUGAACCCAUAAUGUAGCCUGCUUAGUGUCACUGAGACUCAUUAUGUCUUGAUGCAUAUUUAUUCAAAAGUUAAUAUUCAAAGAAGCAAACAAUGCAUUGCAUUGUUGUAAACAAAAUACAAGCAUGACCCUCAGUUGUAAUGGUCUGUAAAAAAUAUCUUCAAAAAGUCUCCUUUUACUUGGUGUAAAACAAAUGUAUUGACUCUAUGCCAUCCAGCCAGAAAACAUUGUGACUCCAGAAAGAUGUGUAUUCUUUUGUGUGAAUUUAGUCUGUAAAUCUGGACAGUUAUGUAUUACGUGUGAGAUUUGCUGCACUUUGGUAGGUUUAGUGGCACAGUUGUAAAAUGAUCUUUAAAUCAUCAUGUUCUACCAAGGAGAGCCCUUAGAACUUGAUUAUCAUUUUAUUGCCAUCUGACAAUUAGAAGAUGACAAUAAUGUACCUAAUGUAGGUAAUGUACCACCGUAGGCCUGGAAAGAUGUAUCUCUUCUGUGGUUCUAUGUGAGCCGGCCCCUCUUGUUUAAAACUUUUGAGAAUAAAUGUAAGCCAUAAUUAUAUGCAUUGCUGUAUUUUUAUUUCAAUGAUAAUGUUUUAAGUGGAAAAAAAAACAAAAAAACAUUCAUCAAGUAGGUGCAGUUCAGUUUUGCAGGAAAAGUGAUCACUUUCAGCUGGAAUUCCACCCUGUCUUGUUAAGCGUGAUUAUAUCAAUUUAUUUAUCCAAUUAAAAAUGCAUUGUAUACAAUAUACAAUAAAGCCAUAAUCAUGGCACCCCUUUGAAACUAGAGUAUGCCUUCCCUAAAUUAUUUGGUAGCACAGUGCAGUGAAGUGACAGGAAUCCACAUCGAAGUAGAAACUGUUUUUCUAUCCCAUGUGAGUUUGCCUCAAAAACACACACAAACCACAGGAAUGGCUUGUACAUUCAUUUUCACAUUCAUCUCCACUUACGUAUUUGUUUAUUGUACCAAAUAGAACUGUUAUAUUCUUUCUGUGAAAGAUUUGUAUUCCAGUGAACUGUAUAUGGCCGUAUUCAUGGCUGCAUAUAUUUGUGAGAAAUUAUUUAAUUUUGUUGAAUAGAUGUAAUACAAUAGAUAUAAUUUCAUUUUUAUCUGUGUAUUAAUAAUCAGUUCAUUAAACUGCAAUGAAAAAUCA